UGUCCAUAAGAAAUCAAAAUAGUUUUUCCGUUACUUUGCCUUUUAAAUAUUCUUUAAUAAAAGAAAAAUAUUUUAAAUAAUAUGGAUUCACCUGAGGCUCAAACUUCAAACGAAUAUUACAAAAUAAUCUGCAGAAAUUACCCAUCCGAAUUCAUUUUGGAUAAGAAUUUAGCCAAAGAAUAUUUUCGACAGUUUGGAAAACUAAAGAGAUUAACCUUUAAACCUAAACUAAGAAUAUGUACCGUGGAAUAUGCAAAUAGAGAUAGUUAUUUGAAUGCCCUAAAUAAUGCAGGUGAAUACAAAGGUACAAUUUUUAAAGUGUCUAGUGAGAAAUCACCGGAGUCUAAGAAAAGGAAAAUGAAAAAUCCAGAGCCCAUUUGGGUAGAUGAUGAUGAAGUUGGUGCUGAGUUAGCUGCAAUGGGAGGUUUUGCUCCUAAGGGUUAUACCUUUCCUGAUGUAACUUCCACCGAAAUUCUAAGUGAGGUGUCAAGAGUUGAAAAGGUACCUAAACUAAAACGUUCUUGGGCCACUGACAUGCAAAGAUUGAAGAAAAAACCUAAAAUUAAAGAAAAAACCUCACAAAAAGCACAUACAGAGGAAAUGUCGAAAUAUGUCGAACUUAUAAGUAUAAUAAAAUCUCAAGCUGUUACAGUAGAAGAGAAGUUUAAGGUGUUAGAUGCAAGAGAUAAAUUGAUCAGGAUAAAAUCGAAGCAGAAAAUUAAACUAAAAUCAUCCCCUACUAUUGGAACAUGUCCCGAUAUGUGUCCAGAGAAAGAAAGACUUAUGCGUGAGACGAAGCAUCAGGUGGCUCUAUAUGAACAAGAAGAUAAUGGAAGAUCGAUGAAUCAGUCCAAGGCCAUCAAACAAUAUUCUCGCAGUUCAGCUGAUCAAGAAUCCCCAUUGCCUCACGAACUAAGACCUGUGUCUGUCUUGCAAAUGACGAUGUCCUACUUAAUGCACAACAUCAUUGAUAUGUGUGAGACUAACGAUGUCAAUUUGGCAGAGUGGUACCAUUUCAUGUGGGACAGGACACGGGGAAUACGCAAAGACAUAACCCAACAAGAGCUCUGCAGUCAAGGUGCCGUGGAAUUAAUCGAACAGUGUGCUCGUUUUCAUAUACACUGUUCUGCGAGACUGGUAGCAGAGGACCCUUCUGUUUUUGAUCAGAAAAUUAACACCGAGAACUUAACCAAAUGCUUGCAGUCUCUAAAGUACAUGUACCAUGAUUUGCAACUGAAAGGCGAGAAGUGCCCUAAUGAGGCUGAAUUCAGGGCGUAUAUCAUUCUGCUGAACUUGAAUGAUGGAAAUUUCAUGUGGGAGGUACAAGAAUUACGCCACGAGAUCCAGAAGUCCAAAGAGAUGAAGUUUGCACUCGACGUAUACUCUGCAAUAGAUAAAAACAAUUACGUAAAAUUCUUCAAGCUCGUCUAUUCAACAACUUACCUUAACGCAUGCAUAUUAAUGCGAUACUUUGUUCAAGUCAGAAUUACUGCUAUAAAAACGCUCUUAAAGUGUUAUACUUCUCGCGCUUUCAGAUCUACGUAUCCCUUGGGUGAACUCAAGCAUCUGCUCGCCUUUGACGACAUAGAAUCCACUACAGAUUUCAUGCAAGCUUAUGGUCUCUUUAUUAACGACGACCGAACACAUAUAGUAUUAGAAAAAAAUACGUUUGCUCUUCCCGAGAUCCCGUAUGUGUUGGAUAGGUCUUUGAACGUCAUCGAAUCUAAAAGGGUGUGCUCUGUAGGGAAAAUAGUGUGUGGAAAGGAAUUACCUCCCAAAACGUUUGAACAGCACAUGCCUCAAAAUAGUUUCGAUACAAGGGGGCACCUCAUGUACGAAGAUUUGCUGGAAGAGUCCGAUCUCGAUCAAACAGAAAUGCAAUUCGAAGAAAUCGCGCAAGUUCCCAUUUCAACCGACAAUUUAUCUGUCACAAAGGUUGAUAGUGGUAGCAUACCUGAUGUUUUCCAACAACCUACAAAAGAAAAUGUCUUAGGGAGUAUCUUUGCCCCGGCAAAGCCAGAAGUAGUUCCGAUUGUUCCCAAACAGCCACCACUGGGUUUAUUUUCAAAACCAGUAGAAUCCCAGAAAUCAGUUUUUGCUAAAGACGCUCCUAGUAUUUUUGGAGGUACCACUGUUACGAAACCAGUCCAAACGGACUCGGGAUUAAAGGAUGAAACUGAUUCGAACCAGUGGAGCUCUUCAAGUUCCAAUAUUUUCGCUUUACAUAGAGACGAUGCAGUGCUAGCAAAACCUUAUCCUAUUUUCGGUGGAGCGGCAGUCAUAAAACCUCUUGAAAAUAUUCCAACAGCUGCCCCUAAAAAGGGUGGUUUUCAUUUCGAUUUACCUGUAACGACACUACAACAAAUUAAACCUAAUGUGUUGUCUGCACCAAUACAAACUCCUCAACCUUUUAGACAGAAAAUUGAUGUUCCUCCACCCCCAGUAACUUCUGUUGCUGAAAAUUUGAAAGAAUUGGAAAAGAAAAAAGAGGAAGAAGAAAGAGAGAGAGUGAGAAGAGAAAAAGAACAACUGAGGAAGCAAGAGGCAGAAAAAAAACGGUUAGCGAAAAAAAAGAAAGAAGAGGAAAAAUUGAGAAUGAUAAAAAAACAAAAACAAGAGGAAGAGCUGAGGAGAAGAAUGGAGCAAUUAAGAAAGGAGGAAGAGUAUCGGAAGAAUAAGGAAAUUCAUGACACCGUCGGAUCAAUUUUAAGGAACAUCGUUAAGGAAGUAGAUGAUAAAAUAUGUCUAGAACGAUUGCGUGAUAUAAAACAGAAAAUGCGAGAUCGUACGCUGCUGAGAAUAGUCCAUAAGUGGCAACAAAUUGUACUGAAGAACAAGAGGAAGCGUAAAGCUAUGGACUGCAGCCCAGUUUGGGUGAACACGAAAACUUUGGAGCAGUGCGCAGAAGAGCUAUACACCACGUCUCAAGAACUGACUUUAAAAUUGAGGAAGAGAUACAAGUACGGCAAGGCUCUGGAUAUCGAACCCAUAGAAGAAGAUAAAAUCAGCAAAAUUAACUUGUUCCAGUUGACUUACUCAUCUCUCAACCAGCGUUUCUUCGAUUUCAAAGGCACGUUACAGAAGAAUAUUUUCUGGAAGGUCGAGAUUAGUUUACCGGAUCAUUAUGAACUGAGAAAUGGUUUGAUUCGGAUUGAGGACACAUUGAAAGACGCUUUUAAGUGGGAAGACAGAAAUGGGACUAUAAUGUUGGUCGAACAGACUAAACCGAAUCCAAUGCAGUCGAUUACGUACUGCAUUGAACGUCAGCGGGGGUUGUACGUUAGAUAUGGGGAUGCGCACGGUAUAAUUUUCAUUGCCAAAGACUUCAAUGCUCUGUUGCAGCGUAGGAUCCUCGAAAACUUGAAGGAUCUUGGCGUAUUCACCAAAGUACCUAUCGUUGUUAUCCUGCAAGAAUACAGGGAAGGGGAAUGUAAGCUGCAGAGUCUCAUAGAGCAGAACAUUGUAUCCGACUACAUAAUCCUAAUCCAAAAUAUAACACCUCGUAGUCUGGUCCGUUUAAUUGAAGAAAGUUUAUUAUUUUUAGCCAGUAAAGCAGAGAAACCACCACCUCUGGAACUGGACACCAUGAGCGCUUUCCUGAGAAAAUACUUGUGUACUGAAAUAUGGAAGAGAGCAAACAGCUUUGCCAAAUGGAACACGUAUUACAAAUCUUCCCUUCGUGAUCCAAAUAUCGUCAUCUGUUUAUACAACGAAGCUGUGGAGAAGUUGACAAAAAUCGUGCUGAAUAAGUCUUGUUUCGAAUAUCCUAGUUUUCCAGAGGUGUUCAAAGACUACUUGCAGAGUGAAAUACCUGAUUAUCUACCUUGCAAUUAUUACUAUUUCCCCAAAUUUUGGAAGAGCGAGAUGUAUGUUUCCAAGUUAGAGAAGAUUUUAAAGGGUUUCGCGCUGCCAAAAUGGUCAGAUAAGUGGCCCCCGAGCAACGAACUAGAACUGGAAGUUAACGUUUCCAAAUACUGCACAAAAGUUUUUACAGAACCUGAAAAACCAUUCUAUAAAAUUAUGAGUGUUAUGUUAAGAGACCUAGAUCCAAACGUUAAUUUCGAAGAUAUGAAAAAGGUGCUGUGGACUGACGUUAUUGAAGUACUAGCCUUGGAGAAACUAAAGGAAACAAAUUUGGGUCUAUCCGGCACUUCGUUUGAAACAAAGUCAAUUUUUAAUCAGUUUGUGGUAGUAUACGACGUUAACACUUUAGAGAAUUAUAAUAAAAGCGACUGGUUUUACGUAGGCAACCCGAUGAUUAAAAAAUAUGUUGAACAGAAAAUGAAGCAUGAGAAAAUGGAGGAUAAGAGGGACAGUGAGACAAAAUUGGAGUUAGACUUGAGCAUCGACUUGGACAAAACUAUUAGCGAAGUAACUAACCAGCUAACGAACAAACAGAACAACCUACAGUUGAAAAAGGAAUUGGCAGAGUUUAACGAGAUGAUUAACGAUUUAGAAACCAGUAUUAAGAUUCACAAAAAAAUUUCGUCAAUGAUUGGAGAUAAUUUGAGGAAGGCCAUCGCUGAAAAUUGACGAUUAAUUUACAAAACCACAUCGCAGUAAUUUUAAUCAACAACCUUUUGUACCGUUUUAUUCUGCAAAACUUGAAUAAAAAUGUAUUUUUUAUUUUUU